AUGCAGUCCUACCUGCAGUAUCGACGAUUGGGAAAUGUUGUUCGCUCGCAGCUGGAAAACGCUUCGCCCGUGAAAGAGGCCUCCACUCCAGCCGAUUCAGAGACAGGCCCAGUGGCAAAUCCAGAUCGAAUCAAUCAUGAAUCUGCACCGGGUCAGAUCCCUUUAGCACGACGUGCUUCUUGGGGUUCGAGCAGAACUGCCUUAGCCUACUCCAUCGCUGGGAUCGAUGUGAAGAAGCAAUCCGAAUCUACCGAUCAGCCUGCUCAUCUCUUCAUUUUUGGCUGGGAUGGUCCACAUGAUCCUGAAAACCCGCUGAACUACAGCUUUGCGUCACGGUUGACAGCGACGCUGCUGGUCUCGGCGCUGGGAUUUAUUGUUGGCGCGGCAUCGUCCAUCAACUCGGGCGUUUUGACUCAAAAUAUAGAGGCCUUCCAUGUUAGUGAAGUCGUGGGUUCCCUAGUGACUGGUCUUUAUCUUCUCGGCUUCGCAGCGGGCUCUCUGGUUAGUGGACCGCUCUCGGAGAUUCUUGGUCGAAAUGCCGUGUACGCGGGGUCUUUGACCCUGUUCAUGAUCUUCAUCAUGGGUUCCGCUCUAGCGCCUAAUAUCGGCGCCCAACUCGCCUUCCGAUUCCUGGCAGGCACAAUGUAUUUCCCUUUGUACGCUGUGCUCUCCUUCGGUGGCCCCGUGCUUGGUCCAGUCAUUGCUUCAUACAUGGGACAGACGGGCGUUUUGUCCUGGCGCUGGACAGCUUGGAUCAUUCUCGUCGCAUCCGGUGCUAUAUUUGUUCUGAUCAUUCUCUUCCAACCGGAAACAUACUCCCCACUUCUCCUGAAAUGGAAGGGCAAGCAACUGUGCAAGAUAACGGGAGACCCCCGUUUCCGCUCUGAAAUGGAUAUGGAGAAAAUCGCGCUGUUUAGCCGUAUUGGUGGUGCCAUGGAGCGCCAGUUCCUGAUCACCAUCCACGAACCCAUCAUCCUGCUUAUCUCUCUGUACAUGACUGUGCUUUAUAUUGUGCUGUUCACCUUCUUCGACGGGUACACCUAUAUUUUCUCCGAAAUGCAUGGCUUGUCCCAAGGACUGACCAACAUCGUCUGGGGGGCCAUGUACAUUGGAAUCUUGUUGUCUGGACUUCUGCUCCCGGUCAUCUACAGAGGUACCAAGGAGGAGUUCACGCGGGCUGCCGAAGUUGUGAAUGGCUCCGAUCCAACCGUCGAUCCCCGGGCUCUUGACGGUGUGCAUACCCAGCCCGAGAUCCGACUCUGGUUCGCCAUGGUCGGCGCUCCAUUUAUCCCUAUUAGUUUGUUUUGGAUGGGCUGGACUGAUUUCCCAUCUAUCUCAGUCUGGUCCCCUAUCAUUGCAACGUCCGCCUUCGGUUUCGGUACUAUCUGCGUUUUCAUCAGUUCUUACAUGUACGUGAUCGACUCGUACGGUAUCUACGCGGCUUCAGCGCUGGGCUUUAUGACUGUUUCGCGCUAUUGUGCUGCCGGAGGAAUGACUAUCGUCGGAAUACCAUUUUAUAAGAAUAUGGGUGUUCACUGGACACUCACCAUUCUCGGCUGCAUUAGCGCUCUCAUGGUUCCGGUGCCAUAUGUGUUCUACAAAUUUGGACCUGUCAUUCGCCGGUGGAGUCGUUAUGCCAUGACUGAGGAUGUCAAGGUCUGA